UUCCUCCUGACCCCGCCGUGGGCAGUGAGGCCUUGUCGGACAGCUCCUGCCUGGGGUGUCCUCGCUGCCUCCCAGCCCUGCCCAGUGUCACCAUGCCUCGGGGCCAGAAGAGCAAGGUCCGUGCCCGGGAGAAACGCCACCAGGGCCGCGGUGAGGCUCAGGGUGUCGGGGAUGCUCCUGAUGCUGUAGCAGCAGCAGCAGAGGAAGAGCCCCCCCCUGCUCCCCCGUGCUCCCCGGAAGAGGCGGGUCCAUCUUCACCACCACAGGGUGGCUCAGCCCCUGGAUUUCCUGGCCCAGGGUCCCCAGGCCUGCCAGGUGACCAGGGUGCAGAGAACCUGGCCGCAACUGCGGCCCUAGCCGCCCCCCUGGCCGCUCCCCGGGCCGCUCCCCAGGCCGCUCCCCGGGUUGCCCUCCGGGCCAUCCGCAAAAACCCUCUGAUCCGCAAGGUCGGGAUGUUGGUGCAGUUCCUGCUGGAGAAGCACAGCUCUGGAGAGCCCAUCACACGGGCGGCGCUGCUGAAGAUCGUUGGCAGGAAGUACGGCGAGCACUUCCCCGAGAUCUUCAGGCUCACCUCCCAGCGCAUGGAGCUGGUCUUCGGGCUGGAGGUCCGGGAGGUCGAUGCCCGCGGCCAGUCCUACAUGCUGGUCAGCAAGCUGGCCCAACCGGGCGAGGGCACCCUGGGCGGCGGCGGCAAGGGUCUGCCCAAGACCGGCCUCCUGAUGGCGCUCCUGGGCGUGAUCUUCAUGAAGGGCAACCGCGCCAGCGAGGAGGAGGUCUGGGAGUUCCUCAACGUGCUGGGCGUGCAGGAGGGCAGGAGGCACCUGGUCUUCGGUGAGCCGCGCAAGUUCAUCACUGAAGACCUGGUGCGCCAGGGCUACCUGGAGUACCGCCCGGUGCCCUCCAGCGACCCUCUGCGCCACGAGUUCCUGUGGGGCCCGCGGGCCCGCGUGGAGACCAGCAAGAUGCAGGUGCUGCAGGCCCUGGCCAAGAUCAACGACACCUUGCCCAGCUGCUUCCCCCAGCUAUAUGAGGAGGCUCUGCUAGAGGAGGAGGAGCGCGUGGUGGGCCGUAGCAGGCGCCGGUUCUAGUCAGGCAGCUGGGGC